GUUUUUUAAAAAAAUAUCUUCUUUACAAAAAAAUAUCCAAAAACCCUUAACAUGCAACAGCUCGUUGCUGUUCGGACUGACAGCAUUUUGUUCAUUUCCCCUCUAGCUACUUUAAACACGGCGCAUACUCGUCCCGAAACGGAUGCAGUUCCGUCGUACCCGAUACGAAGCUCUCCCUUCUGUACCGUUACAGAACACAAAAGGCUCGAUCAUGUGAUACCGAAUGCUUCAGUCUGUCGGUCACUUUACUCGCGAACGGAAGUGUCUCAGUUUGUGCUACGGUUCAAAUUUGUUUCCAAAGAAACUUACCCUUAUAACCAACGCACAGGUUUUCUUUCGGUGCGUCAGAUUUUCUCAACGAUACCUUACAGCUCGCACUAGCUUAAUUUUCGUUCUCGUCAAAUUGUUGUUUAAAAAUCGCGUGCGUGUGUGUGUGUUUUAGAAUUUAGAGCAGAACUUUUAGAGCAACAAAAAAAAAAAUUCAAAAGAAAAUCGUGGAAAAUCCACUGGCUCGAAAGCUGCGUAUACUUCGUUACUUGCUUGAAAAGUUCGUGUGGUGCUUCUUCUCCCAGUGCAGUGGCGAAUCUAGUAGCACUAGAAGUGUGUAAACGUGUGUGCGUGUGUGUGUAUAAAUUGGCUAAAGCAGUGUAUAUGUUUCUAGAUGUGUGCCGUGUAGUCGAUGUGCUUGUAGUUUGUAAAAGAAAUGGUGUGUCAACCGCAUUCAAAAAAGGGAUGAAGUGUGCAUUUUCCAUUCCCAUUUUCCACUGCACUCCCUGAAAAUCCAUUCCCGGAAAAGUGUUAGUUUCUUUAACGGUAUGCCGUGUUUUCCAGUGCGAACGAAAGGAAAAGUGUUGAUAAAAGUAUUUGUUUGUUAAAAUGUGCAGAAGAAGGAAGCUUUAGAUUUAGAAGCGUUGCAGGUGCGUUUGCGAAUGCAGCCUAAAAUUACUAAUAAUUUUCGCGAAAGAAAAUUCCUCAUUACAAAAUAAAGUGCGAGAGUGAGAGGAAGAUAAAAGAAAGGCGACAAAAAAAUAAUAAGGAAGCAAACGAGAGAUUGUGGUUUUGCUGUUGAAAAACUGUGAGUGACCGGUACGUGCAGAAAAAGUGUCCUUCGGUGGUGAAAUUAUCGAUUCUCUCCCACUGAUGCGUUCAUCGUACCGGUGAUUCUGACGUCCCGGUCAUCAAAAGCGCCGCUAGUUAGACGUCCACGGAAACGACUGACGCCCGGAGAAAGAUGGCCACCCAUCAUCUGUAUGGGGCGCUGAUUGCGCUGGUGUGCGUACUCUGUUACCACAACAGCCUUAACUGCGGCUUCGUGUUCGACGACAUUAGUGCGAUCAAGGAGAAUCGUGACCUGCGACCACACUCCUCGAUCAAGAACGUGUUUCUCAACGAUUUCUGGGGUACACCGAUGCACAAGGAACAGAGUCAUAAAUCAUAUCGACCGCUGUGUGUCCUAACGUUCCGCUGGAACUAUCUGCUGCACGGGCUCGAACCGGCCGGCUAUCAUCUGGUCAACGUGCUGCUGCACACGAUCGUUUCGCUGAUGUACUUCCGAAUGUGCGCCAUGUUGCUUUCGGAAUCGGCCAGCUUUGCGGCUGCCCUACUCUUUGCCGUACAUCCAAUCCACACCGAGGCGGUGACCGGUGUUGUCGGACGGGCGGAAACACUCUCGUCGGUGUUUUUCCUGGCAGCGUUCAUUUUCUACACCAAGGCGACCAGGCGGAAAAAAUCCACAGGUUGGCGCUUCCUAUGCCUUUCCAUGCUGUUUGUCGCGACCGCCAUGCUGUGCAAGGAGCAGGGCAUCACCAUAACGGGCGUAUGUGCAAUCUACGAAAUCUUCGUCGCCCAAAAGAUACGACUCGGUGACAUCUACCAUCUGGCCCGGUCAAUGAUGAGCGGGAAAACGUUCGCCCUGCCGACGGGCUGGUGGCCCCAUGAAGCUUCCCGCCGAUUGGCCGUCCUGUGCGUUACCACCGUAGCACUGUUGUUUGCCCGGCUGCAGAUCAUGGGCUCCCAGCUGCCCGUUUUUACCAGAUUCGACAAUCCAGCAUCCGUGGCGGUGACCCCAGCUCGGCAAUUGUCGUAUAACUAUCUCGUCUCAGUCAACCUCUGGUUGCUACUAUUCCCUUGCGAUCUGUGCUGCGACUGGACGAUGGGAACGGUUCCCUUGGUCGAGUCGUUUACGGAUCCACGCAAUUUGGCCACCCUGGGAUCGUACAGCAUGAUUGGCGUAUUGGCAUGGGUUGCCUUCAUCGAAAACCAUCGUCAAAAGUCAGCCGUAGUUGUUAUGGGGUUGGCAUUUAUGAUUCUUCCAUUUCUGCCCGCGUCGAAUCUUUUCUUCCCGGUGGGUUUCGUGAUUGCCGAGCGCGUCCUUUACAUGCCAUCAAUGGGUUUCUGCAUACUGGUCGGUUACGGGUUCCAUCUACUAUCGGAACGCUGGUCACGCAAAAUGACUUGGUGCUGUCUGGGCGUACUGCUGCUGACACACUCCAUCAAGACGUACAACCGGAACGCGGACUGGGAAUCGGAGUACUCGAUCUUCAUGUCCGGACUGAAGGUAAACCAACGGAACGCGAAGCUGUUCAACAACGUGGGCCAUGCGCUCGAGAGUGAGGGCCGGUUUGAGGAAGCGCUACAGUUCUUCCACAAAGCCGUCAGCGUGCAGGAGGACGAUGUGGGUGCACACAUUAACGUUGGCCGUACGUACAACCAUUUGAAAAUGUUCAAAGAAGCGGAACAAGCUUACCUGAAGGCGAAAUCAUUGCUGCCGAAGGCGAAACCGGGCGAAUCGUACCAGGCGCGCAUCGCACCGAACCAUCUGAACGUGUUCUUGAAUCUUGCGAACCUUAUCUCGAAGAAUGCGACCCGGCUGGAGGAGGCGGAUUUACUCUACCGGCAGGCGAUCAGUAUGCGUUCCGAUUACACGCAAGCGUACAUCAACCGUGGUGACAUACUGAUCAAGCUGAACCGCACCAAGGAAGCGCAGGAGGUGUACGAACGGGCACUUCUGUACGACAGUACCAAUCCGGACAUUUACUACAAUCUUGGUGUUGUCUUUCUCGAGCAAGGCAAAGCGUCGCAGGCAUUAGCGUACCUGGACAAAGCGCUUGAAUUUGAUCCCGAGCACGAGCAGGCACUACUCAAUUCAGCCAUACUGCUGCAAGAGUUGGGUCGUCCGGAACUGCGCAAAAUAGCUCGCGAACGUCUGCUGAAGCUACUAGCUAAAGAUGAAACCAACGAACGGGUCCAUUUCAAUCUCGGCAUGCUAGCAAUGGACGACCGCAAUACGGACGAAGCCGAAAAUUGGUUCCGUCGUGCAGUGCACCUUAAGCAGGACUUCCGUAGCGCGCUGUUCAAUCUGGCACUGUUGCUAGCGGACGAUCAUCGACCCCUAGAGGCUGCACCAUUCCUAAACCAGCUCGUCAAAUAUCAUCCGGAUCACAUCAAAGGAUUGAUUCUCCUGGGUGACAUCUACAUCAACAACAUUAAGGAUCUGGACGCGGCGGAGAAUUGCUAUAAACGCAUACUGCAGCUCGAUCCAAUCAACAUCCAGGGUUUGCACAAUCUGUGCGUGGUGUAUGUGGAGCGGGGUAAACUGCUACAGGCGCAGGAUUGCCUUUCGCACGCACACGAACUGGCGCCGGGCGAGGAGUACAUCGGCCGUCACCUUCAAAUCGUGCAAACGCGCAUUAAUCGCUUGCGCCAGACACCGGACGGUAGCCGGGAGAAGGAAAUUGCCUUUGCCGAUUAUGAUCCGCAAGAGUUCGGUGGUACCGGCGGUGCCAUGGCGUCCAGAAAUGUGGACCUGUCGCUCGGCAAAAGCAUUGUACAUAGUAAUGGUGAACAGCCGGUCAACCAGCAGCCGACCGAUAUGCGUGAAAACGUCGCAGAUGAGCGGUAUGGCCAUGAUAAUAAACAGAAAACAGUAUUACCUCACCAGCAGCUGGAUCAGCAGCAGCAGCACGCUGAACCGGUUCCGCCGGAUGAUGAUCCGGUUUUUCUCGAAUCGGAGAGCACAAACAAUCUACAAAGUUACGCAGCACCGACAGUCGAUAGUAUAGCGCACAAAUCGAACCAUCGGGCGGAUGAUGGUAGUGGUAAGCUAACGGCUACCAGCCAUCGUGAUGAGCUGCCUGCGGUGAAACGAGACUCCAGCCAUCCGUCCGAUGGUUCGCUUCAUCAUGUUGCGGCACAUCCUGCGCAGCACCUGCAUCGACCGGCUACGAUUGGACAGGAUCUGGACGAUCCAUCGUCCGGGAUGUCAUAGCAUCACAUACUGGACUACAAGCUAGAUUGUUUCAAAAUCAACUAGGAAACCAGCACCUCCUCCCCCCCGAGCAUUGGUCUCAUCUUCCCUGUACAUAGGUAGAGUGAACAGUGGACAGUGGCAACGUUAGCACGCGAGGAUCAAACGAAAAAAAAAACGUAACAGUGGAGGUACAGUGUACGUGUUCCUAGCGGAAAUGGACUGCGAAAGAUUAACUUUUGACUGAUUUGUUAAACCAGAACUAACUGCUAAGCACACACCACACUUAUGGAUCUCACAAAGAUCGUAGUGAACGGAACGUAAAACAGUGCAUUGAAUGCACUUUUCUAGCUGAAAAGACGAGAAGAAUGGUGGCACAGAAGGAUCCUUAAUGCUGAAAAAAAAGAAGAAAAAACAUGAAACAACCCCCCCCCCCCCUUCCUGGUUUUUGUUUUGUUGCAUUUCCAGGUAGCAAAUUGUUAGGUGCGAAUUGUAAGAAUGUGGUAUUGAGCGAUUGCGUUUAUCGGUUUUGUGAGUGUGGAUGUGCGCGGGCGCGCGCGCGCGUGUGUGUACGUAAAUUGUUAGGAUUGUAUGAUGAUAUAAAAAAGGGAUAUUUUCUAUAUAUACAACCAUAAUUGUGAAUGCGAUAGAAGCGAAAUGUAGUAUGAACAGGUUGGCUCUCCUGGAGAGGAUUGUUAGCGGUUACAGAAGCGAUGUAACAGAUGAACACGUAGUUAUCGAACCGUACGAUGUUGGCCUUGGAACGAUUUGGUAAGAAUGUUGGCAACAUGAAGGAAAAUGAAACCUACUACCCUGCCAGCAUAGCGGAAAUGUAUAGAAAUGGUGAACUGAUGAGAAAUUAAGUUUUCUAUCGAUUUACAACACACAAACAAUACGGACUUUCAGUGAAGAAAAAAAAGUCAGCGGAUCUGCACUUCCUUGCUCGUGAGUAUAAAAGAGAGACAAGGAGAAAACAAAACAAGAUUCCAUUACAACCGUCACUAGACGAAAACAUACAACCAACGUCGAUUCGCUAACUACCUAAACCGAGAGGGUAAAAAAAAUGGAAAGUUUAGAGUGUAACCCCCCCCCCCAAAAAAUAUAGCAGAAACGAAGGAUUAGCAAAACGAAUUAUGUAUUUAUAUACAAAACACAUGCAGACGUGGUACACAGCUACAGAAGCUAGCAGAAGGCCACAACGUAAUACACAAAUCUCACCCAGCGAAGAUUUUCGUGCUCUCACACACAUACACUCACGGUUCCAUCCGGGCUAGUGUUAUGUGUUAUGUUUUGUGUUAACGGUAAACAUUAUUCGGCAGAACAGAAAUUCAUAAGCCAAAACCAAAACCAAUCCAACCACAAUCGAUGGAUGAAUCCCUGUUUGAAGUAUUUUUUACUCCUCGUUCCUGGCUUAAAAUUGAUAUUAAACGUCUGAGAGAUUUAUGCGUGUGUAUUGGGUCGUGUGUACUUAAGGGAAUGGAAUAUAUUGUUACUGUAUGUGCGCGUGUGUUUGUGUGCCUGGACUGAAGAAGAAGCAGAAGAAGAAGAAGCAAAUGUUUAGUAAAAUGGCAAGCGCGAUCGAUGGCAAGCUGUACAGCAGAACUCUUAUUAAUGGUGUAAAAAGAAGCGAUCGUGAGGAGGAUGUCCGGUGAGUAGUAGCAAAAUGCGAUUUAGUACUAGCAAAGUUCCGGAAGUACUCCGGCAAGAGAUGUAUAAAAAUGUUCGGAGAGAAUGAAAAGAAAGGGUAAGGCGAGAGAAAACAAGAGCAGCAGAGCAGAUAAAGGACAUUGUGAUUAUAUAGAAACUACAACACUUAAAAACACAAAAAAAAACAAAACUGGUGAUGGGAUAGUACUUAAACACUACGCCACAAAUUUCCAUUUGUUUCCUAAACCUAGGAUGGAAUUUAAUUCUAAUUAUGAAUAUCAUUUACAGUUGUAAGCACACAUUCCAUUUGCAUUUACUUUCAAUCAAGCAUCUUUUUUACGUAAAACCCGGCAACCAUUUAUUGCUCCAAUCGUUGUUAGUUGGUAUAAUUAUCGAAUGGUAGAGUUUUGUUCAUCGGAAACAGAUACUUUAUCGCUUUCCUAUUUCCGUACACGAAAACAAGCAAUGGCGAACAUGGUUCGGUUCGGUUGCUGUAUGCACAUUACAGCAAUCGGUCGAAACCGACGGUCCGUUGGAAGUGCGUGUGGUAGUUUUAUGAAGAAGUAUUUGUCCUGAAUAAAGACUCACUAAAAAUGAAGUGAAAAUGAUCGCUUUAAAUACA